GUGCACGUUACAUCCUCUUUGGCAACAGCCAGCAACAUAAUAAUAAGGCGCCGAUUUUAUGAAAUAUUUUGAAAUUUCCUCGAGUAUCUCAUUAUUUUUUGUAAACUGUAAAAUGAAAGUUAAAAUUAAUCAAAGUGAACUUUGGGUCUACUUCGUUGUUUGGAUAAUUACAAAUUUUUAUUCGCUCUUUGUACUAGUGCAGUCACAAAAUGAUAUCAUACAAAACAAUCGUUUACAGUUUUCUAAUUUAAAGGACUUGCAACCUGGUUGGAAGUUUCUGUCAAGAUAUAGAGAUGUUUCUGAUAUUGAAUGGAGUAGUUGGAAGUAUUUUAUUGAAACAACUUGGUGUUAUUUUAUUAUACAAUAUAUUUUAUCAGAAAUAAUAAGGGAGAAAUUCCCUGAGUACCUGAAGUAUUGGUACAUUGUGUCAUCUUGUACAUUUGUGUGCAAGUACACGGGCUAUAAACAUUUGGUUACAAUUUUAAUGCAACCUACUAUUUAUGCAGCAGUGAUUAAAUUUGGGGGUAAAAAAAUAAGUAUAUGGAUAAUCAGUAUUAUUUUACUUGUUACUUAUAAUUCACUUAAAUAUAAUUUCUACUUUUGGAGUUUUCUAGAACAUGAUGAUAUGCAAGAUGAAGAGGUGUAUUUACUUUUGUUUUGUGUUGCAUGGACCGAGUUAAGAUGCAUCAGCUAUUCUAUAGAUUUUGUUGAAAACAAAGAUGAAAUGUAUUUGAAAAGUAAGGAUAUAAUUAAUAUGAUUAGUUACAUCCUAUAUUUGCCAAUGUUAUACACUGGUCCAGUUAUAUUGUAUGAAGAUUUUGAAAAAAGUUUUACUAGAGUAUAUAAAUUUGAUGCAAAAAUAAGAAGAUUUUUUUAUGAUAUAUUUAUUUUCUUUACAUAUACACUCAUUCUGGAUUAUAUAUUUCAUUAUAUUUACUUUUAUGCAAUGCAAAGUGAUAUGGAGCUUAUUAGACAAUUACCGUCAUUAGCACUUUGUGGGGGUGGCUUAUGGAUGGGUUUGCAGUUUCACAUGAAAUAUGUUAUAUCAUAUGGAAUUGUUUCUUCAUUUACCAGACUUGACAAUAUUGAGCCUCCACCAGCUCCUCGAUGUAUUGCAAGAAUACAUGUAUACUCUCAAAUGUGGAGACAUUUUGAUGUGGGUCUCUAUAGAUUUCUAGUAAAAUACAUAUAUAAACCAUGUUACAAUAUAAUAAGUGGAAGCUUCAAAUUGCCCAUUAUUGUUUAUAAGUUAUUGGCAUCUCUUGGAACAUUUAUUUUUAUUUUUCUUUGGCAUGGCAUGGUCUGGCAUAUUUUUAUGUGGACUGUUUUAAACUACAUUGGCAUUACCUUGGAGUACUCUGGAAAGCUAAUAUCAAGGCAUACAUCAUAUCAGUGGUUAAAACAAAACAUUUUGAAGACUGAAGCUAAUGAAACAAGGUUUAUUGCAGUUCUUUGUACUCCGUUAUUAGCAUUAUCGGCAAUAUCAAACUUCUAUUUGUUUGCCGGAACUGAUGUUGGAAAUUUAUUUUUUGAAAGAUUCUUUCAACCAUCACUUGGGAAGAGUUUAUUGUUAUGCUUCUCUUUGUAUUGCUGUUGUCAGGUCUCAAUAGCUUUAGAAGAUGUUCCCUCAAGAGGAAAUAAUUUAACUAAAACUGAUUUGAAAAAAUCACUGUAAUAAUUCAAAAGUGCAUUAGGAAAAUGUUUUAUAUUAAUAAAAUACUGAAGGCUCACUCUUAUCAAUGAAAUAAACUAGUGACAUAAU